UUUAAACGUUUUAUAGUAUUUAGAAACUUAAACUUUGUCGAAAAUGAAAGGAUAGGUUACUGGUAAAAUAUCACGUUGUCAUGGUGACCUAACAAACAAAGCGUGUUGUCAUGGUAACCGAGUCCCUAAUAUGUUGUAUAAACUCUCCAGUGUACGUUACUACAGUGCUCGGGAACAUAUUCCUGUAGACGUCACCAUUAUGGGGUCGAGCGGUCCGCGUCAACAGUACUUCAGGAGGGCGUGGGAGGCGCAGGCGGAGGCGCUGCUGGAUGAAGUACCACUUCAGGACCCCCAGUUUUACACUACCACCACCAAGGACACUUUCACCCACCCUAAUGGAGCUAUCCCAGACCAGACACACCUGACAACUCCACCCUCUGGAUCAUCCUCGCUGCUAGGGUCGACAGUUAUCACCUUCUGGACGGCUCACCGAAGAAGGAUCCAUGGAGCCACGGCACCUGGGGCUGCCACACAUACCUUCUGUCGCCACGCCUCAUUCACCACGCCCAUACAUUUGGCCCUGGACCCACCCGCCUGGCCUGGCUGGGGUACCUGAUCUCAACAUUAACCUCUGAAAGAGUUUAGUUCACCCCUGUAUUCUUUCUCUUCAGGAAACUUUCUUAUAACUUAAUGACAUUUAAACCGCAACUCAUGUGUUUAUGGUGAAGCCUAUUUUAUUUUUGCAUUUAAUAUCAUUACUACUGUAAGAACAUUAUAAAUAUACUUACCAAAA